AGAGACAAUGACAAGGAUCAUAAGGUCCGACUGGCCGUAGGGAACGGAAUAAGGGAAGACACCUGGGUUGAGUUCCUGGAGCGAUUUGGGAACAUUUGUAUCCGUGAAUGCUACGGAGCAACUGAAGGGAAUGUUGGCUUUAUCAACUAUGGUGGGAAAGUUGGAGCUGUUGGCAGAGAACAUUUUCUCUACAAAAUGGCAUGCAAAUAUGCCCUCAUAAGGUUUGACACAGAAAAAGAGGAGCCAGUUAGAGACUCCAGAGGAUUUUGUGUUGAAGUCCCAAGAGGAGAAACUGGUCUGCUUGUGGCAAAGAUUGGAAAAAGAACACCCUUCAGUGGCUAUGCCAAGGACAAGCAGCAGACAGACAAGAAGAAGCUAAGAGAUGUGUUCGAGAAGGGCGACAUGUACUUUAACAGUGGCGACCUUCUAAAGAUUGACGACGAGGGAUUUCUCUUCUUUCAAGACCGCAUUGGAGACACUUUCAGGUGGAAAGGAGAAAAUGUGGCAACCACGGAGGUGGCUGACCACCUGCUCGCAGUUGACUUUGUUGAAGAGGCUAAUGUCUAUGGUGUGAAGGUGCCAGGACACGAGGGAAGAAUUGGAAUGGCAGCGCUGAAACUGAAAGAAAAUAUGGACUUUGAUGGCAAAGCUUUAUAUCAGCAUGUCAAAAACUACUUGCCCAGCUACGCAAGACCACGCUUCGUUCGCAUACAGGAUGCAUUGGUAGUGACGAGCACCUUUAAGCAGAUGAAGGUGAAGCUGGCAGAGGAAGGUUUUAACCCUGCUCUCAUCAAGGAUCCUCUGUUUUACCUGGAAGACAAUAAGGGCUACAUACCCAUGACUCAGGAGUUAUUCAACUGCAUUGCAGAAGGAAGACUCAGGCUUUAAACGAGUUCAGCGCUGAUUUUUUUAUUGUCAGUCUCAAAAACAUUAGUGUUUACAUUAAUCUUUACAUUGUGGAUAUACAAACAUACAAUGGCAUGCAUUUCAUUUUUUUUAUUUUUCAACUCAUUUUAGUCUGAAAUACUUUCUUGUUUUUAAUGAUUUUUAUAUGAGUAAAUCCCAUAUCGCCGACACUGUUAUUUGGUGACUGUGUUGGUUGACUGUGUGCUGAAGCAAACUGCUUAUCAAUCAAUAGGUGAAUUAUUGUGUGGAUGUGAGGUACACUUUGUGCUGGUUUUGGGCUCGUCAGAGGAGUUUAGGAGCAGUGGAAGUUUCCAGUGGUGUAGGAGGGGGGGCUGUGUUUGUUACAGCAGAGGAAGACAUACAGUUCACUCUUCUGCAGGUGGAGGGUAAGUGCUUUUGAGCUGCUGGAGAAACCUUCAGAGGGCAGCAGAGCUGGUGCCGACCACACUGCACCCACUGGUUACAGAA